AGGUGCUUCCCACCAUGCAAUAUAACCUCUGAUCUGACGCCCACCAGAAGCUCCAGUAAUCAGCAAACGUCCUCUGGUACUGUCAGCAUUAACACCUCUCUCAGUCCCACACAGGAAGAAGGAAACGUCUGCUCACAGUGCGGGAAGAGCUUCAGCUCCCGGAGGAGUCUAAAAAGGCACCAGCGCAUUCACACUGGAGAGAAACCAUAUCAGUGUUUACAGUGUGGGAAGAGUUUCGAUCAACAGAGUUAUUUUAAAAAACACCAGCGCAUUCACACUGGAGAAGAAGGAAACGUCUGCUCACACUGUGGGAAGAGCUUCAGUACCCGAUGGAGUCUAAAAAGACACCAGCGCAUUCACACUGGAGAGAAACCGUAUCAGUGCUCACAGUGUGGAAAGAGUUUUACACGACUGAGUGUUCUUAAAGAACACCAGCACAUUCACACUGGAGAGAAACCUUAUGAGUGCUCACAGUGUGGAAAGGGUUUUAAUAAACAUAGCGAUCUCAAAAGACACCAGCACAUUCACACUGGAGAGAAACCGUAUCAGUGUUCACAGUGUGAAAAGAGUUUUAAUAGACAAAGCGACCUCAAAAACCACCAGCGCAUUCACACUGGAGAGAAACCAUAUUGGUGUUUACAGUGUGGGAAGAGUUUUAAUUUACACAGUAGUCUUAAAACCCACCAGCGCAUUCACACUGGAGAGAAACCGUAUCAGUGCUCACAGUGUGGGAGGAGUUUUAUUCAACAAAGUAAUUUUAAAAAACACCAGCGCAUUCACACUGGAGAGAAACCCUUUUACUGCUUACAGUGUGGAAAGAGUUUUAAUGAACAGAAUCAUCUCGGAAUACACCAGCGCAUUCACACCGGAGAGAGACCGUAUCAGUGCUCACAGUGUCGGAAGAGUUUUAAUAAACGGAGCACUCUCAAAACCCACCAGCGCAUUCACACCGGAGAGAAACCGUAUCAGUGCUCACAGUGUGGGAAAAGAUUUAACGACCAAACUCAUCUCAAAAUACACCAGCGCAUUCACACCGGAGAGAAACCGCAUCAGUGCUCAGAGUGUGGAAAGAGAUUUAACGAUCAAACUCAUCUCAAAAUCCACCAGCGCAUUCACACGGGAGAGAAACCGUAUCAGUGCUCAGAGUGUGGAAAGAGAUUUAAUGACCAAAGUAAUCUUAAGAAACACCAGCGCAUUCACACUGGAUUAUUUAUCAUCCCUUGAAAAACACAAGUGUAAUAGAUCACAUUGUACUAAAUAAAC